AUGUCAAUAACUCAGCUACCUCAGGCCACAGUUCGACAGCUGGGCUCUUCUGUCGUCAUCCCUUCCCCCUUGUUACUUGUGAAGGAGCUCGUAGAUAAUGCUAUUGACGCCAAUGCAAACAAUGUCGAGAUCAGGAUCUCCGCGAACGCAAUAGACAAGAUUCAGGUCAGAGACAACGGCCAUGGCAUCACUGUGGAAGACUACGAUGCUCUUGGACGCUGGUCCCACACUAGCAAGCUUCGAACGUUCGAGGAGCUUCAGUGCAAGGGAGGCCAGACGCUGGGGUUCCGCGGCGAUGCCUUGGCAAGCGUGAAUGCCGUCUCGAAGCUCACAAUCACGACGAGGACGAGUCGAGAUCAAGUGGCAACGUUGUUGGUACUCAAUCCCAGAGGCGGUGGUGUAAUGGACAAGAAACGUGUUUCGGGCUCAGUUGGAACGACCGUCGACGUCUCGGACUUAUUUGCCGACAUUCCGGUCCGUAGGCAAGAGAUCCUCAAGGAGAGCAAGAAGGCAUAUACUCAGAUCAAGGAACUUCUCAAGGUGGCUGAUGCCGAACCCAUGAAGGUGUCAGGCAAAGGCUACUUCAUCUCUGUUGACGCGAGACCUAUGGCUACCACAAGGGGCACCAUGAAGAAGCUUGUCGAUAUUUACCAACAACAUUUACGCGGCUGCAUGAUUGUCGACGGUUCGUCCAAGUCCAUUUCCAAACCCUUCAUACGCUUGAAUAUAGAAUGCAUUUUCGGAAGCUACGACCCCAACGUAACGACGGCCAAAGACGAAGUCAUCUUUGCAAACGAGCCAAAGUUACUAGCUCUGUUCGAAGACAUGUGCAAGGAGGUAUAUCAACCAACGGAGCCCAACAAUACGGCUGAAGUAUUCACAGAAAGUUGCCACGGUGCAAAUAAGCAGACUACACAGCAGAGCCCCGACAACCUCCCAGACGAUGACGAAGAGCAUUACAGUCUCCUCCAAGAUCCAGCGUCAGGUGACAGAGUGACGCUGGAAAGGACACACACCGGCCUACUUUCUCCUGAGAGUGGACUACAGCUGCCAGGAUCUCCCGACAGAACGCAAUUACACGGUCGUAUCAGUGCAUCCGGGGCGGCGCAGAGUUCGAGACAUCCCAAUUUUAUGAAUAACGACUUGAGAAAAGCCGGCGAUGGCCCUGUCUUGAACAGUUCCUCUCUCUUGAAUUCACAACAACCGCGGAUCAGCCGACAGGCCGAGGAAAACAACCGGGAGCCAGAUUUAACCCAAACCCUCCUUCGCAUCGGGUGGGAAGUAAACAUGGCUAGGGAUGAGACCGCAAGUCCUGAGGGCCGUACGCAGCCGAUUCUUCUGUAUCCUUCCGCCACGGGCAUACACGAGCUCAUCCAGUCACAGAAGGUGGAGCAGGCCCAACGCGAGGAGCCGAAUCCAUGGUCCCUAGCCAAAAAGACAAGAGGGCAACGUUCUACUCGCCGCGAAGACAUGACUGGGCCUCUAUUCACUGAUGAGCAUAGUGGCAGCAAUCUGGAUAACACGAUUCCUCACCAGCGAGCCCAUGUCCCUGAGGGGGCAGAGUUCAUUCAGGAAGCCGAUGGAGUGAUCGGCCGGGGGAUUGAAGAUCCAAGAUACGUCCGGCACAAAAACUCUCAACCUGUAUGGAUACCUGCAGCAACAAGGGAGAAUAUUUACGUGGCAGAUAACUUUGAGUCACCGAUACUGCAACACCCCAUCGCCCCACCAACUACUUAUCAGGCUCCAAGACACCAAGACCAGCGAAGAAUUCCAAAAGAUGAUGAAGCAUUCCACCUGCCUCGUACUAGACACGACAUUGACGACCUGGAAGUAAUACCAGAGAGAGGCCCGGGAGUUCGCGAACGCAUUGGCGCUCAAACACCGUAUCCCUUUGCGAAUCUUGAUCAGAGCAGCGUUUUUGGCACGCCUCCUCCGUCCUCUAGUCCGACCGCUCAAGAGGUUGUCUCUCAAAAGAGAGACGGACCGAGACAAAGCAGGCUUGCCCUCAAAGCAAGACGAGAGAGGCAGCCCCUGGAUCUAGAGGAUACGGCGAACCAUUGCUUUCCAAUGGUGGAAUCAAGAUAUGAUGAGUUUCAACACGGUUUGGAGGAGACAAGGACGUCAGGGCAUCACUAUGAGCAAGCUAGCCCACAGCCAAACGAGAGGGAGAUGUUGGAGAGAUUGAACGUUCUUCGCCACAGAAUCGUGGACGAGUAUGGAAAAGUAGAAGAAGAAUGCGGCAGAUCGCUCUCUCGAAGGCCUACAACACCUCUGCCAGACAUGUCUCCGCGGAGAGACCUGAAAAAGAGGCUAGCAUCAAGGUUCAGGUCGAGGAUCAAGACGCACAAAAGGAUGAGGUCGGAGAUGCUGCCAUUUGAGAAGCUUUUUUCUGAGCCUCAUACCCAGACACGGUCACUUACACUCGAUCUACAGGAUUUGCGAAAACAGGUCACCGAUGCAUCUGAUUAUGAUCUUUACGUUCUCAGAGGCGUACAAGAAUUGGCUUUUCACAUGGAAACAGACGAGAUGGAUAAUGUUAGCAACAAGCUUCAGGAAAUUGUGGGCGCCUGGGCGUAUAAGGAGCAUGGCGUUGAACUGGAGCUUGAGAUUGAUAUUGGCGCAUUGUGCGAUGGAGGAGACGUAAAGAGUAUGAUGGGAUGA